AUGCAGAUUCUUCAAUGGGUCUCUAAAGGUCCAAAUCAUCAUCAAAUAGGGAGGAGUAACAUUGCUUCUUCCAACUACUGCAAAACAAUAAGAGAUAAAAGGGCUAAAGGAAAAGAUGUACUCACACUUAGGCAUCAUAGGGCGUAUCGAGGAACAAAGGGAAUCGAAGGGAGGAAACUUGGCAGCAAGAAUUUAAAGCUGUUUAUCUUCAUGUGUGGGAAAGAUAUCCCAAAGGCUUGUUUUUACAGAACCCUCAACAUAAACAGAAUAGAAAACUUGAACAGAAGGAGGAGAAGGAGCUUCAUUCGCUCAGUGCAUAUGAAGAGAGAAGAGUUAUCUGAAGGAGUAGGAAUUUCUGAGAAAACAGAUUUUGUUGCCCAUGUAAGAAACAAGGUUUUGCCCAUAUCUGAGGAUUCAUUCUCCAAAACAACUAAAAGAAAUGAACAAUAUUGUUUCAAUGCUGAACCAAAGGAUCCAACUAAUGGUAAUAAUAGAAAGAAGCCACCCAUUUCAAGAAUGAAAGAGCUACUUAGAAGAGUUGCUUCAACAAAAGAAGACAAAGUAGAAGAACUCUAUGAACAAAAGGUUUUACAAUAUAGAAGAGAAGGAAACAUGGGAGAAUUUCCAGAAGAUGAUGAAUGUAGCAGUGAAUCACCGAAGAUCAGUUUCACGUGGGAUGUUGAUACUCCUUCUGCUCUCUCAAUGGCUACUUUCUCUGAAAAUGUUGAAACCAAGAUUUCACAUUCACAAAUUUGCAUCCCUCGCAACACUUGCAGAAAAGAAAACUGGAUCACCACAGAUUCUGAAUUUGUGGUGCUGGAACUGUGA